UCGGAGGCGUUCUACGUUUGUUCAAUUCGCCGGGACGUUCAGUCGGGAUGACCGCGAGCGCGAGGCAGUUGUCCGACCGCGUUAUCAAAACCAACGGUGAUUACGAUGCUCGGUAAACGUGGAAUAAUUAACGCGAACCUCCUCCACGGGGGCUCUAACACCGUCAGAAUUAUUGUGCUUGUUUUUAUUGCCAACGGUUUCAGUGCGACAGCGGAAACGUCACCGAAUUCCGUUGAGGGACCAACCUUCGACGUGCCAAUAUCAAACGUGACGGUCUCCGUGGGACGGGAAGCGGUGCUGGAUUGCGUCGUCGAAAACCUUUCCACCUACAAGGUCGCCUGGUUGCGAGUGGACACCCAAACGAUACUAACGAUAACGAAUCACGUGAUAACGAAAAAUUACAGGAUAUCGAUAACGGUGAACGAUCAUCGCACAUGGAGACUCCACAUAAGGGACGCGAGGGAAUCCGAUCGUGGAUUUUACAUGUGUCAGAUCAACACGGAUCCGAUGAAAUAUCAGACUGGUUUCCUGGACAUAGUCGUUCCACCGAACAUAGAGGAUUAUCCGACCAGCACCGACAUGGUGGUCAGGGAGGGAAGCAACGUCACCCUGCAAUGUUCGGCAACCGGUUCACCGAAACCCAACAUCACCUGGAGGCGAGAGGAUGGAAACCUCAUCCAACUGAUGGGGCAGGAAAAGGAGGUAGCCUCCAUCGACGGACCCGUAUACAACAUUACCAGGGUGAACAGACUCCACAUGGGCGCUUACCUCUGCAUAGCUUCCAACGGCGUUCCACCCUCGGUUAGCAAAAGGAUUUCGCUGAUCGUUCACUUUCCGCCGAUGAUAUCCGUACCGAAUCAACUGGUGGGAGCUCGUCAAGGACAACAAAUGACUUUGGAAUGUACUUCGGAAGCUUAUCCGAAAUCGAUAAAUUACUGGACCAAGGAAAAGGGAGAAAUCAUCACCAAGGGUGAAAAAUUCGAACCGGUUCUUUUGGACAAGGAAUACAAGGUGACGAUGAAAUUAACCAUCAGAUCCGUGAGCCUUGCGGACUACGGAUCCUACAAAUGCAUCUCGAAAAAUUCACUCGGCGAUACGGAUGGUAGCAUCAAACUCUACGAAAUCCCACCCUCUACCACGUCCCCGAAAAUUUUAACGACCACUCCGAUGCCGGUUGUGAGCAGAGCUGAGAAGAAGCAAAAAGUCCGGCAAAAAAUUCAAACGAGUCCGGAGAACAUGAGACCCAACGAAAUUAUCGAGGAAAGUAUAUCGGCCUCUCAACCAGCAGCGAACAAGGACAGGGAUGUCCGGCUCCGGGGUCGUCACGAAGACGGAGGCGGUGGAGGCGGAGAACCCGAAAGAUCGAACACCAGAGACGACAACGCGGCGCAAUCGAUUUCUUCGGGGAGCGCAAAUUCGACGUCAAAUUUCAAAUUCCUUCUGACGAUCGCGUGGCUGGUCACGAUAAUCUUGAUCUCCGAUCCUCGUGCCACGUAGUAAGGUGACCGAGAACUUUCGUUCCUAGAAAACUGGAAGAAGAAAAAAGAAAAAAUGUUCGUGAACGAGAUAGAGAAAAUCUGAAAUUUUUCGUUUCUCUCUAAAAAUUUGUACGAUAAUUAUUUUACGCGGAGGGAAAGUGCGCGUAGAGUAUACGUGGGUAUGUAUUAUAUGUAUGUGUAACGAAUACGUGAGCCGGUGAUUGAAUGAGAAAUAUUUGAAAAAGAAAAAAAAAAAUAUAUCUCUCACAAUACGACGUUAAUUGUUAUUUUGACUGAAUUACUCAUUUGGAGAACGAGAAUUUCCGCAAACACGUAUAAUAUACGUAUCUCCUCCGAGAAACGCGGUGUACAGAAAUUUACUCUCCCGCGCCGAAAUUAAGUCAGUCGGAUUGGCGAGGGCUAGUCGAACAGAUUGCUCGACCGAAUUCAAUGUCUCAGCGUUUAUUAAAUAUGGCUAAUUGUCUGAGAGCCUGUUUUACUUUAUUUUCUCCUCAUCUCGAUUCUCGAAGGAAAUCCUAUUUUACGAGAGGCACGCAAAAUUUAUUACGCUGACGCGACGCGAAGGGAAGAAAAAAAAAAGAGGAAAAAAAAAAAGAAACCGAGAGAGGGAAUGAGAAAAGAGCACGGAUUUUGAUACGGUGAUAAUUGAUUCGUCAAAAAUUUUUCUUUUUCUUAAAAAAAAAAAAUGUUUUUUCGUUUACUCGAAAAAGAAAUGUUCCGUUUUUAUUUUAAAUUGUUUCUUCUCAGCUUCUGAAGCUUCAAGAAUUUUCUACACUCGUUCUCAUUGUAAUGUACUAUAAUAAAAUAUCUAUACUAUAAUAUAGAGACAUAUCGAUUGCGAACUCUACAAGGUAUAAAAAGGUUCGUUCAAAGCCCUUUUCCCUCCUCUGCCCUUUUGUCGCUACGACUGAACCCCUCGCCUUGGUGACAGUUACAAAUUAAUUCAGGGGAAAGAUUAAUUGCGCCAAAAAUCAAAUCGAACGAGGCAAAAUAAAAUUAGUAGAACGAAGUAAGAGAGAAGAGAAAGAAAGAAAGAAAAAAAAUGGAAAAUGAACAAUCUAUGAACUUAUAAAUAUUUCAUGACUGUUUUUUUUUAAGUUCAGUUAUCUAAGAUUCAUGAAAUUUUGGAAAAUCAAACAGUUCGUCACACUCAACACGGUAGGGGUUUAAUUCAAUGGGAAUGUAAAAAACUAAGUAACGAGAUUCAAUGAUUAAUUUUUUCUUUGUUUCCUCUCCCAUUAAACUAUAUUUCCCUGAUGGCGUACCGUAUCUUGCUUAGAGGUCGAAGAAUUAUUAAAAUUGGAAAAAAUAAAAGCCGAAAACCCUAAAUAAUGAAAUGACGAUUAAUAAUGAAUUACCGAAGUAAUUAAUUCUAGAUUGUAUUAUUUGCAUCGAUCGAAACAGAGGAAAGAAAAGAAAGAAAAGAGACGAGAAGUAACUAAUAAUUGAGGCAACCUUUUGAAUGCCUGAUAGAUUAUCGAAAUUAUGUAAAUAUAAAUCGUGCGAAAUCUGGAGAUACCUCUAGCCAGUCCGAUUAUAAUUGAAAAAUAAAUAUAUUAUAAAUGAAUAAAUAAUUUAUGAGCAUACAAUUAUUUAUAAUGAACAUCCAGGUAUGUCGCUCUUGUGUAAAUAAUAUACAUAGGUAUAUGAAUGCAACAAAAAUAAUAAGGGCGUUCAGAAACGAAGAGGGGUAAAAAAACCAAUUUGAAAAUUAAUGAACGGUCUAGUUGCAUAAUUAUUCUAAUCACGAUAUGAUACGAUUAUGUAUACAUACCUAUGUAGCUAUAAAUUGCUGUACAUAUAUGUAAUUUACAUAAACACAGAUAUAAAUGAAAUUUGCAAUAAACGGAGAAGAAAAUGUUAAUUAAAAUGAGAGAAACAAACUCACCCCAGUAAAUGUGUACAGGUGUUUACCCGUAUAAAUUAACUUGGUUGCCGAAAUCGGUUGAUCAAAAUUCUGCGAAGCGUUGAUCCAUGAUUGCGAAUCGCACCUUGGAUUCGAUGAUAAUGAUUACGAAGGAAAUGUAGAAACGAUUAUUUCAAUCAUUAAGUUAUAUGAAUGUAUAUGGUGUAUAGGUAACGUAAAUAAUAUGAUAAUGUGUAUGUAGAAUAUCCCGUGGAUCUGAGGUGCUAACGUAACGUCGAGAUACGACGACUGUAGAAAUUAUAUAUUACGAGCUUGUAAAUAAAUACCACAUGAAGAAUUAUUAUUAUAUAUAUACAUAUAUAGGCGUCAUGUACACGUGAUCGCAUAAGUGAAUACACCCUAAGCAUAUGUACGUACGAUGGAAAAUAAUUCCACAAAUUAUUACAACGCGAACCAAAGAAAUUCGGAUCAAAGAGCAACAAAAAAAAAAAAACGAAAUCCCACCGAAAACAGAAUUUAGUUACAGCAAUACCCAUAUUAUCACGUAUGUACAUCACUCUGAAAAUCGCUUAUAUAAAAUAAUAAUGAUUGUAUCGUAGCUAUUGGUAAUAAUAAUAACCGCAUUAAUCGAAUCCGUGACAAGAAAAAGAAAAGGAAAACGAGAAAAAUGAAACAAAUACCAUAGAUAUAUAUAUAUUAACAAACGAAUGAAUCUAGAUAAAUUAAUCCGUAAAACUAGGGAUCGUGUAACGCCGUGCGUAUAAUCUAUAAGAUAUAUUUGUAAUAUUGUAAAAUAAUGAUCCAUGAUAUUUAAUAAUAAAUAAGACAAGAAAAAAGACAAAUACCUUUGUGUACGAACAAAA